AUGGCAGCCACUGUGCAACCGAUUGCAGGCGCUCCAUCUAAGCUGGGGCUCCUAUGGCAAAAUGCCAUCGACACGUAUGCUGACAUUACAGAGAACAGGCAUUUUCUGACGGCGAAACAUACGGCCAGUAUUAGCCAGGUUCUAGCUGAGGUUGAGGGAAUGGAGAGAUCCUUUAAAGAUCAGCGGCACGAUGGCUCGAAGUUGGCACGCUUCAGGAGUCUAAUCAAUGCGAGCCUGACGCCGAUUCAGGCUUUGGGUGCGGUCGUGGCCCACGCGAGUAAAGUUGCCUUUCCCCCAAGCGAGGCUAUAUUCGCUGCCGUCCGAUAUUUGAUCCAGGUUGCAAGGAACGUGUCCAGCGACUACGACAGGCUCGUGGAUUUCUUCCAAGAUGUGGAAUCGUACCUCAAAGGGAUAGAGAUAUGGGAAACCCAAGUACCCUCAAUACCGCAGCUGAGCGAUGCAAUAAUAGCAGUGUUCAGCUCCGUCCUUCUGCUUUGUGGAUUGUAUACGAGAUAUAUCCGCAAGAAGCGCGUCGUCAAGGCCUUCCAGAGCCUCCUGUCUGGCGAGGAUAUUGAACUCAAAGGUGCUCAUCAGGACUUCCAGAAAGCCGUCCAGCAGGGACGAGACAUUGUGCAAUAUGCAACGCUCUCCACUGCUGAAAAGACGAACUUCAAUAUGCAAGCAGUCCACGUUGAUGUACUGAAGACCCUGUCUGGGGUGGAACGCUUAACAGAGACCAUGAGCUCCAUCACUCAUAGCGCAGCACAGCCUUUGAACGCCCAGGAGCGAGACGAUACUCUCAGGUGGCUUUCCAGCCUUGACUUCCAACAGUAUCAAAGAGAGACCGUCGCGAAACACCAUCAAGGUACUGGAGAAUGGCUACUGAACACAGGCGCAUUUCAAGAAUGGGUGCAUGGUACACAGCAGUCAACCCUGUGGUGCCCCGGAAAUCCUGGUGCUGGGAAGACUGUGAUGAUGUCGGCGGCGAUCUGCUAUGUUGAAGACAAUACACAAGGCUCAAAUGCAGCAAUAGCUCACGUGUACUGCAACUACAAAGACCGUAGGACACACGACGUCUUAACAAUUUGGUCCAGCAUCGUACGACAAUUCGCGGAGCAGUGCGAUCCAUUUCCUGCCGAAGUGCAGGCUUUUCGUAAUGGAUUUAUAAGAAAGAGAUCGAGCCCUGUCGAGGAUGAUCUUCUGUCGCUCGUCCGUGACCUAUCGAAACGGUUCAAUAAAGCCUUUGUGUUCAUCGAUGCUUUGGAUGAAUGUCCGGCAAAAAGCCGCAACGCCUUCAUCCUUUCCGCCGCAAAGGUUGAAGCUUCUCUUCGGUUGUUUAUAACUUCCCGCCCGGGUGUCGAACUCGACGAAGCCUUCCAGAACCUGAGACGCGUAGAUGUUGCAGCUCAGGCAGAAGAUAUUCGCUCGUAUUUGGAACACAGACUUAACACGAAUGCAAAUAUUCGCGCGCUUUCGGUCCAGGACCCGAGGCUGAAAAGUGCGAUACUCCAAAGGCUCCUGGAACAGGCGAAUGGAAUGUUCCUCCUGGCCCAUCUCCAGGUUGAGAAUAUCUGCCAGAAACGAAGACCUCUAGACGUUCGCAGAGGCCUCGACACCCUCGCCAAAGACGUGCAUCAGUUUUAUGAUGACUCUUUGAGAAGGAUAGAGGAAUUAGAUGAGUAUGACAAAGAAUUCGCAUUGCGCGUACUGUCCUUCGUAUUUUACGCUCGAAGACCACUGUCCAGAGAUGAGCUUAUCCAUGCCUUGAGCGUGGAGCCUGGGGCGACUGACCUGGAGAGUGAUGCAUUGUUCAACAAGGUCCUCCUCUUCUCCGCGUCUUCCGGCCUCAUCAGUGUUGAUGACAAAAGCAGUAGCGUGCAUCUCGCUCACCAUACACUACACGAGCAUCUUGGCAGGUUCUGCCAGAGGCUACUGAGGGAUCGCGAAAGAGAGCUUGCUACGGCUUGCCUCACCUACCUCUUGUUUGAACCAUUUAGAGUCGGCCCCUGUGAUAAAGUGGCCGACAUGGCUGGACGCUUAAGCCAUUACUGUCUUCUCGAGUAUGCAUGCCAGUACUGGCCGUCUCAUGCGACCAACUUCAUGGACGGCGAGGUCACGACAUUGGCUCUUUCCCUCCUCAGCGAGCAGGACAGGGUGGCUACAUGCGCACAACUAUUGCAUCUUCCUCGUCACCGGGUCGGCGAUUGGCAUAAGAAGUACCCCCGUAACUUCACUUGCCUUCACGCCGCGGCCUACUGGGGCUUGGACAAAAUACUGGUGCUAUUAAUGGAAACAGGUGUGGACGCUGAUUGUCAAGAUAGCAACGGCGCAACGCCGUUGCUUUUGGCUGCCGAGUACGGCCAUACUGAAACAGCGACGCAGCUACUUGAUACAACUUCCGACGUGGACUUUUGCAACAACUCCGGCGAGACAGCAUUGAUAUUGGCGGCUAGAUAUGGGCAUGAAGCGAUUGUACAAGUGGCGCUGGAACGAGGUGCAAACUCAAUGGCUGAAGACGUUGAGGGAUGGACAGCGCUUCAUUGGGCGAUUAUGAGCCGCCACGACAACAUCUCCAAAAUACUCCUGAGCGGAAUUUCUUCUAACCAGUCGGACAAAUUGCAACACAACAAGGCACUGAUUCUGGCGGCAGAAGCUGGCAACCCCGCAACAAUACAAAUGCUCUUGGACGAGGGAGCAGACGCCGACUACGCCGACGAUCAAGACAGUACGCCACUGCACUGGGCAGUACCCUUGGGCCAUAUGGAGGCCGUUGGUGUCCUCCUGAGCCGAGGCGCAGAUCCAGGCUCAAGGGACCGCUACGAUCACACUCCAAUGCAUUGGGCUGUGCCUUACCACGCCAUUGCGCGGUUGCUCGCCAGUCACGGCGCUGACGUGCGAGCUACCAAUAAAACGGGACAAAGCGCUCUUCUUUGGUCUGCUCUUGCCGGAAAGGCCGACACAGUGGAAACGCUAAUACAGCUUGGCGCCGAAAUCGAUGGUGGCGACCGUUAUCACUUCACGGCAUUACACGCAGCAGCCCUACAAGGAUACGAUGCCAUUGUGCGUAUUCUCUUGAGUGAGGGAGCAAGUGCCAAUAAGCGUGACGUGGAUGGAUGGACAGCAUUGGACGCAGCAGUGUUGAUGGGAAGAAGUGCCGUGGUUGAGCUGCUUGUUGGCCCUACGGACAAUGGGCGUGAUAUUGCUGCUCAAGCCGCGAAACGGCUGGACGACGUCGACAUGCGGUCUCUGAUGGAGGAAAUGGCCGCUAGAAAGUCGGUCGGGAGCACUGUUGUUAGUGGACUUCGUUCAGCCAUCAACAGCGAACACGACCUGCGGUUGCGGGAACUACUCGCCAGCGGCGCUCAAGCUGACAUCGAUGCCGAGGACGUACUGUGUGGUUCUACAGCACUUACCUACGCAGCUUGGUUCGGCAAGGAGGAGAUUGUUCGCUUGCUUCUGGAUCACGGGGCAGAUGUCGACCUACGCGAGCGAGGCGGCCGCACCGCGCUCCACUGGGCGGCCGAGAGUGGUUACCCAGAGAUGGUGGAGGAUCUGGUUGAGAGGGGCGCGACGGUUGAUAUAACAGUGUUUGGAUGGACAGCAAUGCUCCUUGCAGCAAGAACGUGGCAGAGUCAAAUUGUUCUCUACCUCACUCACCAUGGUGCAGAUGUGGGCGCCAAAGACUUUCACGGGCGUACCGCGUUACACUGGAGCUGCAUACAUGGCGACAUGUAUCUUGCAGAGGAACUCAUCCGCCUGGGUGGCAAUGUCGACGAUGGAGACCACUGUGGACAAACGCCGCUACAUUGGGCUGUGGCCGGCGGGCGUCUGACGGAUCUUCGGCGCUCCAUCUGGCAGCUUACACCGGCCAAUUGGAUGUCGCAACUCUCUUGUUGA